UGAGCCAUCUAUCAUAUCAAACAAGAAACAAAUCGAGAGACACGCAGAAAGUUGCUUUGUGUGAUAAAGUACUCAUAACUCGGCUAUCUUUGGUGUUUAGCACAACCCACUCUAAAUUUAAAGACACAUUUCAGCAGAGGUAAAUUAAGCUUAGUUGAGGUAGGGACCAGCACCUGUCGACAUUGAGUACAACCCACUUGACAUUUGGAGACAUACUUCUGCCAAGGAAUUGGCACCUACAUUCACCUCAGAAUGAAUCCAAAGUUCUGGCUGGCAACCAUGUUUCUGAUGUCCCGGAUUGGUGUACUCAAUGCUAACAGGCGAUGUCAUGUAACUGAAAGCUCCAUCAACGGAAUGUACCUGAAAGGUCACGUGUUUAAAACGUAUCGCGAUCAGUUGCCUAAAGAGUGUUAUUUCCGAUGUGAAGAAGAAGUCACGUGUCAGAGUUACAAUGUCGUCAUUGGUCAAAACAUCUGUGAAUUGAACAACCGUACAAAGGAAGCAAGACCGGAAGAUUUUAUGCCGGAUCAGAGGAGAUUUUACAUGAAGCGUUUUGGAAACAGAGAGAGCUGGCAAAAGAUAAAUGGUGAAGAACCCGUCUGCUUUGAAGCCAGAGAUAACCAAUAUGGUUCCUUCAAUAUGACAAAGCAUGGACGAGUGAAGACAGUGAAGCUUAUUCGCAGGUCAGGGUCGGUGCGCUGCAACAAUGUUACUAUUUCAUCCUACUGGGGCUGCACCUGGCCAACAUAUGGAGAAAAUUUGAUGACAAUCAUCACAGAUGCCAAUAAGGAGGCCAUUCUGCCCCCUGCCGAAGACUUGAAAGCUUUUAAAGCUCGUUUUGAUAACAAAGAACACUUUUACAGUCUUCCUGGAUAUCACCAUAACUCAACUGAGCUCGUUUUUCGCAACCUCGUCAAUCCAUUGUCUGUCUCGAGCAACCAAGAGAUGCAGAUAUGGUACGGACAGGAUUGGAUGGACCGCGGAGAGGAAGACAACAGCGGUAAAACUUGUGUUGAUGUGUACGCAUGGUAUGAGUGAGUCUGCCCAUUGGAGAUCUUGCCUUCGAUAGCUCUAAAACGUAGAAGAAAAACAUUAGAUUAUAAAAGAACGCCAUUCAUGUACGAGA